GAGAAAGAAACAAUGAAGCUACCCAAGUACCCAACCACUCGUAUUUAAAUCUUUCUUGAAAGACUUCAUUUGCCUUGAAUACUAUUACAAUAGUGUCUCCACUCUCCACUCUCUACCUGUGAAGUUUAGAGACCAAAAAUGGGUUGUUAUCCAUCUUCACUAAAUAAAGAACACUCGAGAAGGACAAAAAAGAUAAGGAAGCCAAAGCCAUGGAAGUUCCCACGCCCGGUGACGUGGAGUCAGCUUGUGCAGAUGCGUGAUGAGUUUUGGGAUACAGCCCCCCACCACGGUGGCAAGAAAGAAAUAUGGGAUGCCAUACAUGCGGCAGCAGAAGCUGAUAUAGAGCUUGCUCAAGCAAUCAUAGACAGUGCUGGUGUCAUUGUUCAUAAACCCGAUAUGACAGUUUGUUAUGAUGAAGGAGGUACUAAAUAUGAAAUACCGAGGUAUGUGUUGAGCGAGCCAACAAACUUAAUACAACUAAGUUGAUUGAGAUAAUACAUACAAGAAGCACACAAACAAACGGGGGAUAUAAAUAUAAUGAUAUAUUAUUAUUACUACUACAUGUAUCUUAAUAGUUUUUUUUAAAGCCUGGUUCCACUUUUACUUUUCAACAUUUCCAGGCUCAUGAUUCCAUUCUGUAG